AAAACCCACAAUACGUCAAUAUUGCAUAAUAAACGUUCAAUAAAUAUUGCCAUUCGGGAUCGCGGUUAAUAUAAAAAUAUUGAACGUGUAGCCAGCGUCAUAGAAUCUAAUGAUUGCUUAUUUUUUCUUUUCGUUUUUGAUAUUUCAUCUCUGGGUGUUGAGUUUAGGGUUAGAAGACAUAAUCAUUUUUACAAAACACAUUUCUCAAAAUACUCGCUUUAUAACGAUUGCAAAACAUAGUUUUUUAGUGGAUACGUGUGUUUAUUUCAUUCACAACACCCACAGAUAAGCGGCAGCCCGUUUUUGCUAUUGAAUAGAGUGCAUAAAACAUAUGUAUGUAGUACGUUACAGAAGAAGAGGACCAUCUUGUGUAUCUUUAAACGAAAAACUCGAGCGACAAUGUCCGGUUCAUCCAUUGACUUUUGACUGGUCAUCAACUCUUAUUUUAUUUCGAACGAGGAUGGGUUACAUAUCAUCCUAAUGAAUAGGACCGGUCGCCCAUUAUUAUAAAAACUGCGGUAUGCGUAGAUCACCACACGCAACUUACUCAGAUUUAGAGCUACAUAUGUAGCGCAGAUGCGAGAUAGUAGUUUAUAGUGAAAUUGAUUCCGAUUAUUCACUUUGUAUUGCCGUCGUGAUAGCUAUCAGAGCCUUCUUCGAUUCAGUUUUUAUAUUCUAAAUUGAGUCAGAACAGUGUCCUCGAACUGAUCAUGUGAAGUCAGGCGAAUGCGGUGGUUGCGGCACGAUAUUAAUUGAAUGAUGCUUAUAGGACUCUCUGGGUACGUAACUGGGUAUAAUGGUACUUACCCCUUUGAAAAACCAGGAGAUAAAUACAACGGUUCACGCUAUGAAGGAAUGCGUUAUUUUUGUACAACCUUAGGUGCACUCAUAAUGCCCAUGGCUUUUGACACAGUCUAUGAGUUGACGCAAUCAACCGAAGCAGCUGUGAUAUCUUCACUUUAUUUAAUAUUUGAUGUGGGUCUCGUAACUCUAAAUCAAUAUAUUUUGCUUGACCCGAUUCUGCUUUUUUUCUUAACUGCAUCCGUUUGGGGAAUGACCAAGGCAUCGAACCUUACUGCAACUGGAAAUUCUUAUACAAUUUCUUGGUGGGUUUGGCUAUUUUUUACCGGUACUAUGUUAGCUUGUACAACAAGUACCAAAUUUGUAGGUCUCUUUGUUGUUAUGCUCGUGGGUUUGCACACAAUCCAGCAACUUUGGAUAAUUUUUGGAGAUAUGAGAAAACCACUUGCGGAGACUGUCAAACAAAUCGCAUGUCGAACAAUUGCAUUAAUUCUGUGGCCAAUUAUUUUGUACAUGUAUUUCUUUUACAUUCACUUGAUUGUAUUGAAUCGGAGCGGAACCGGGGAUGGCUUCUACAGUUCUGCUUUCCAAUCUCGUUUAAUUGGUAAUUCUUUAUAUAAUGUCAGUAUGCCGCGAGAUGUGACAUAUGGUGCAAUUGUUACUAUUAAAAAUCAUAAGACUGGAGGAGGUUAUCUACAUUCCCACUAUCAUUUAUACCCGAAAGGUAUUGGAGCCAGACAACAACAGGUAACUACAUACACGCACAAGGAUGAUAACAAUAAAUGGCUUAUAAAGCCCUACAACAAGGAUUCAAUUGAUAACAUAAAAUAUGUUUCGCAUGGCGCCUUAAUAAGACUAGAGCAUGUUGCUACUAGGCGUAAUUUACACUCACAUGGUGAACCAGCACCACUCACUAAAAGGCAUUUGCAAAUAACAGGAUACGGAGAGGAUGGGCAAGGUGAUGCAAAUGAUAUUUGGCAAGUUCUAUUGGUUGAUGGUAAGCAAAACACCAGUGUUAAAACUGUUACAACAAAGUUUUUGCUAAUACACUACCUCCAAAACUGUGCGCUGACUACCAGCGGACAGCAACUUCCGAAAUGGGGAUUUGAGCAACAAGAAGUUUCUUGCAAUCCCAACCUGAGAGAUAAAAAUGCAUUUUGGAAUGUCGAAGAUAAUCGGAACGAAAAAUGUAAGUUUACUUAAAAAAACAGACAAUAACAAUGUU